AUGGAUGAAGAGUACAGGGCCAUUACCGCCACGCUCAACGCAUUCUACACCUUCCACAAACACCAGUAUGAGCGCGUGGUGAAGCCCAAAUCCAUCAAGUACAAGUCGCUAUCUGAAGAAGAUCAACGCCUUUUGCCUUGGGUUCCGAACUUGAUUCGUGACCUUACCGAGUGCAUCAACAUCAACCAAGCUUUCACACAAGACUUGGCAGACACGGCCGCAAAGGACUGGGGAAUUCCUGCGGUGCCCUCGGAAUGGGCCCAGCCUUCAUUGGGAGAGUACGAUAAAGUACGGUCCACGCUUCUCCAAGUAGCCCGCGAAUGGAGCUGCGAUGGCGCCGAGGAAAGAGAACAGACCUAUGGCAGGCUUCUUGCAAAAGCAUGUGACCUUGUUCCCGAACAGCACCGCGGUUCCACAAAAGUAUUGGUGCCUGGAUGUGGCCUAGGCAGGCUCGUCUACGAAUUUGUCAAGCACGGCUUCUGGACACAGGGCAACGAGGUCAGCUAUCACAUGCUCCUAGCGCUGGGGUUUCUCCUCAACAGGGUACAGAUGGCACAUUGCCACACGAUCUUCCCAUACAUCCACAAGCUGUCUCACACCACACGCAGACUUUACCAAGUGCGCCCAGUGUCGGUGCCUGACGAAAACCCGCUCUCGAUAUUUGGUGAAACGCAGCUGGAAAUCGACAGGGUGCUGGACCUCAUGUCAAUGGCUGCCGGGUCCUUCGUUGACUUGUACGGGCCGGCUGGGCUAGCAGAGGGCGGCUUGUAUAGCCAGGACGCGUCGGCAGUUGAGUUUCGGGGCCAGAACCAUGAGAUGUUUGACAUUGUUGCCACGUGCUUUUUCGUCGACACGGCGCACAACGUGAUCGAUUACUUGAAGAGCAUACGCCACUGCUUGAAGCCGGGCGGCAGGUGGCUCAACAUAGGACCCCUCCAUUGGCAUUUUGAGGGCGACCUGACGCUGCUGGUCGAGACAAAAUCCUCGCAACCAAACGACAAUCCUGCUUCUGAUCAACCGACGAUGGAGGGCCUCGAACUAACACGAGACGAGCUACUUGAAUUGAUUGAAAAGGUGGGGUUUAAAAUUACCGAACACAGGGCGGGAAUCCAGGCCACAUACAGCAGCGACGUACGUGCCUCGUCGAAAUUCGUCUACGGAUGCGAUUUCUGGGUGGCAGAGAAACUCUAG